AUGAAUCAUCUGUGCUGCCAGUUAUUUGAGGAGAGGAUCAAGCUGAUACUCCACUGGUUUGAUCUGUGGACAGACCGACAAAGGAAACACAUGCUGCAUUCCGUGCUCGCACGCUGCACCAAGCCCCAGCUCAGGUCCUGUAGAGAUCUGCUGGUCAAAACUCUUCCGGUGACUCAAGUGGACAUGGCGGCGGUUUUGCCUCGCUUCCUGUCACUUUACAUCAUGUCAUUCCUGUCCCCUCUGGACCUCUGCUACGCUGCCCAAGUCAGCUGGCACUGGAGAUUAUUGUCUGAACAGGACUGUCUGUGGGCGGGACGCUGCAUCCGACAGGGCUGGUUUCUUCCCUACACACCUGGAGAAAAGGAGUUUGGUGUCUGGAAGAACCACUACAUCUACUGCGUCAACACACUGGACCGGCUGACCCCCCGUGAGGCAGCACGACAGUACGGAACCCUCAACCAACCUAGCGACGAGCCAGCGGAGGAAGUAGAGGAGAGGCUGCAAAAGAGGAUGGUCCGGCAGGGUAUCAGAGCGAAGAUUGAAGAAGAGAAGAGGAUGUCACUGACUUCCAGGAGAGCCUGGAGCAGCAGCACAAAGUUGGGGGAAUCUGGAGGUGGUAGCAUCCAAACCAGAAUUUCCUGGUCCCCAAGGACCUUCGAACCUCCAGGCGUCAGCCUGAGCACAAGCAGGGCGCUGAGUUUAGAGCGAGUCAUGUCAUUCAGCAGAGCCAGUGGCCCACAUUCCACCUUCACCUCCAGACCGGCAUCGCUUCAACCUCAUCAACCACAUUCUGCAAUCCGCAUGCUGCUGGUCUCCAAUAGAAUCCCUGCCUAUGAGCUGGUGCUGAGUGGUGCCAAAGCUGAAGUGGAUGUGGUUCUCUAUGACCACAUGGGGACCUUUUCUGCGCUGUUGUCCCAGGUGGAGAGGGCUGUUUCUGGGCGCACGGUUCAAAGGAUCGGCUUGUUAGCUCCAGGAGGAACAGAGGAAAUCCACUUGUUUAACCGCAGCUGCCUAUCAGACAGAACCCUGCUCACUCCCGCGCACCAGGAAUUCUGGCAAAAACUGUGCGUCUUGGUUGCCCCUGCAGACCAAGGCGGUGGGAUUGACAUCUUCUCGCCACUUGCAGCAUCAAUCUCAGGAGUGGCGCUCAUGCAGACUCUGUCCACUCUGACGGGUCUGAAGGUUUGGGCACCGAUGGGUCUCGCCACUGGAAGUUUUCAGAAUAUCUUGAGUGAGUGGUCUGAUGGUAGCGUUGGUGCUGGCGGGAUCUCCAGCCAACAACUAGGAGGUCCAGCACUCCAGUACGUCAGUGCGCAAGUCUUACAGAGCUGGUGUAGACAAGCCCAGUGGAUGGAGGAGGCAUUGGGCGAGAUGAGAAGGUCCUUGGAGACUUGUCUGCAACAGGCCAGCCUUCAAGCACGGGGUCGAGCUCUAGGUCAUUCCCUGUGGGAGAGAGUUCGUCUUGAGGAUCUGUGUUUGUCUGAAGACCUUGGCCAGGCGCUCACUGAGGGACUCACUGCUCUCAGCAAACAGAAAGAUACGAAACCUUUGGAGUUUCUCGCCACUUUUUUGACGAGGUGGAAGGGUGCGAAGGGGGCCACAGAGGCAAACCGGACAGAUGAUGUCUCUCUGAAUUUGGGACAUGCCAAGGUGCAAAUGGACUGGAGAGGUGUUAUCGCUAGAGAGUUGCAUCACAGCGAGCUUCUGUAUAUCAACAAACUGGAAGCUCUUGUGAAGGCAUACCAGGAGCCUCUCACAGCAGCCCUCAACUCCAACAGAGCCAUCCUCAGUUCCGCUGAUGUGCACGUCGUCCUGAGCCCCGUCGCGCACAUUCUGGACGUCAACAGGGGGUUCCAGGUAGCUUUAGAAAACAGGCUGCAAAAGUGGGGUGCGGAGCAGUGUGUCGGUGAUGUGUGUCUGGAACUCUGCACACAACUCAGAGUGUACACAAACUACUUCAACAACUACACUACUGCCCUCAGCACCAUCGACAAGCGUAGGGAAACAAAACCGGCGUUUCGAGCUUUCCUGAAGACAACUGACAGGACUCUGACAACACACAUGUUGAGUCUGCAGGAGCUGCUGCUGUGUCCGAUGUGGAGGAUCCAGGAGUACACAACUCUCUUACAAGCGCUCACCGUGCACACACACAGCGGUCACCCUGAUCACACACACCUCUCGUCCGCCCUCAACACCUUGCAGCGAUGCACACAGUUCAUCCAAGAGCUAAAGUGCAACUGUGAAAAAGAUUGGCUGUUGGAGGAAACCCAAAAAAUGAUACAAGGCUGUCCGAGUCUCAGAGAGGGGAAUCGACAGCUGAUAACCAGUCAGGAUGCUGCUAUGGUCCAGAGUCCCAGUGAAGACAUACCAGAGUCUCUCAGGAUCUUUGAGCAUGUGGCGGAUGUUGGCCUCUUCCUGUUCACUGAUGCAUUGGUGUUGACACGGAGGAAAAAGCAACACACGCCGUUCACCGUGGUGCACAGGAGCACGCACACCUUCCUGGCAUCCGUAGAGCUCGCCAGCCUCGCUGUGAGGAAAAUCUUAAACUCACGCUACGUGAGCCACGCCUUCGUCCUGGAGGGUCCCUGUCGGUCGUGGGUGUGCACCACUGAGCACGGGGAGGAGAUGGAGCACUUCCUGUGUGUGCUGAGAAGCACCAUACAAACAGCCCUGACAAUGUCGUGAUCAGCAGCGGAGAGAACUGUAGCGCUUCCAGACUGGCACUGAAGAAGAGUCGGCGGUUGGAGAGGUUUGGAUUGUUGUUGCCGUGUGCCGCAGGCGUGUGCCCGGCCGGGUCUUUGACCGGGUUUAUCGGGCCGUGCGGUGACCCGCUCCUGUUCUGCGACGCCCAGUUGGUGCCCGUCCCUUUCAGGGAAGUGGAGCCCUUCGGUUUGGGGAUCCGCGUCGGGCCCGGGCGUCGGAAUGUUUCUAGAGGUAUCUGGAAGUGGAGACAAAGUGAUGAGCGAUGCAUGCAACAGUUUAAAAUGUAAACAGUUGAAGUACUAAAAGUUGACCUCUAGAUGGAACCAAACACUGAAUAACACAAGAAGUGUUCAUGGCAUUAUUAAUACUUUGACUGGCUGCAUCUGUCCAACAUUAUUUUGUGUCCUAAAAUGGUAUUUUGUAAAGUAUUUGUUAUAAUCUUCAAAACAUUGUAAACCCUAAGUAGUUGCAAUUCAUAUUUAGUUUAUUUGCCAGUGGCACAUUUACAGUCUUCCUGAACAUACCAUGUUUUUUGUAGGACCCACUACCGAGCAGAAC